AUGGACGAACGAGUACCUGUAAUUAUGCACGCCGAGAAGGUCAGCGACCUCGCAUCUGAUUCGUUUCCCGACGCCACCUUCGGCAAUGUCGUCUGGAAGACAUUAUUUUGCAAUAAAAACGCUGCCUCAGACAACAUGUGCGCAGGCAUUGCGACUUGUCCACCAAACGGCACGCUCGCUCUUCAUCAGCACACUCAGGCCGAAAUGUACUACGUGCUUUCGGGGUCUGGUCAGGUGGAGAUCGAUGGCAUAAGACAUCAUGUCAAUGAAGGCACUGUGCUUUGGAUCCCUGGAGACGCCGUACAUGGCGUCUUCUGCGGUUCGGAUGAGACGCUCAAGUGGCUUUAUGUCUUUCCAGAGGGCAAAUUUGAGAACAUUGUAUACCGGUUUAAAGUAGCAUAG